GUAACUCAGGGAGCUAGGGAGGAGAGGGGUAUAAGAGCAGGUGUUGCGCCGGAGCGCCUUUUCGCCCCAUGGAUUCCACUCGGCGCGAGCGGCAGCGGGAGCUCGCACGAGAGCGGCAGCGCCGACGUCGCGCAAAUCCCGAGCUUCGAGAGCGAGAAGUGCAAGCCAAGCGCCAACGGAGGGAAGCCGCUACCGCCGAGGAUCGAGAACGGGCAGCGCAAGCCAAGCGCCGGUGGAGGCAAGCCAACCCCCAGUUUCAAGAGAAGGCAACCCAAGCCAAGCGUCAGCAGAGGCAAGCUAACCCCAAACUUCGAGAGCAGGAGGCCGAGCAGAGACGUCGACGCAAACAGAUUCCUCCCACGGAGGGUGCCGAUGGACGGUUCAAGAGAGAAUUCCUCGACCGUGAGUUCGGCCGCAGCUGCAAGGACAGAGAAAAGGAACCUGCCUCUUGCUGCACCCAUGAAAUAUUGGCGAAACCUGUGCAGACUGAGGCCUCGUGGCUGUUCAACAGCAGUGUGGUGGAUGUUGCAGUUGAGACAUCGAGAAGCGCCGACGUGUGCAAAUCAACCCAGACGUCGCUUGUCGUCGUCAAGGUGCACAGGUGGACCGAAACCACAGAUCUCAUUGAGUCCCAGGAGGGUGACACCGAUGCGCAAGAGUCUCCUGCUCCACACGUGUGUGGAAUGCCAAUGCUUACCAACAUGGAUCAGAGCCCUGGAGUUGCCGCCUUGUACAGCCAUCAAGUAGAUGUGUGUGACGACACAUUUAUGGAUUGCUCCGGUGGCCCUGCUGCUGCUCAAACGCUGUACGACGGAUCAUGCAUUGUGCGCUGGUGCACCAAUACAAGCCCAGGAAGAUUGUUCCGUGUUCCUAAAGACAACAGGAUGGAAGCUUUCCUGAAGUACGCUGAAAGGCCACACCUAUUAGGGUUGUCCAAGGAAAUAGUACAUCAUUACCGAAUCUGCUCGGCGCACUUCACGGAAUCGGACUACAUGGACCCAGCAAAAACCAAACUGAAAUGGUUGGCCGUGCCAUCCAUAAAGGCUCCAGAGGAGUCGAAAGCUCUACAAGUGUGUGGAAUGCCAAGGCUUACCAACAUGGAUCAGAGCCCUGGAGUUGCCGCAUUGUACAGCCAUCAAGUAGACGGGGUGACACUGCCAGCCCUGGGCACCUGCGGGAGCCGUCGCCUCAGCCAGGGCCAUCUGGGCUAUGAAGAGUUCCCAUCAAGUCCACCUGCUGCUUUAGCGAGGCCACUUCCUAGUCGAAACAGGCGGAGCUCCCUUGCCCAAGGAUCUCCAGGGAGAUGCAUUCAGAGAAUGUGGCAUUCAACUACAUGCCUACUCAGUUCAAUCAACAGCGACAACAAGCAGUUCAGUCAGCAACCGUGACCAGAGGGAUGAUUCUAGUCCCUGCGAGUUUGACGGGAGCCAACCUUCAAGUGGUUCCACAGUGUCUUACAGCUGAUGAUUCCGUCUGCCAGAGGCAACUGCCCAGCGCAAGUAGGAACCAGUGCCGUUCUUUGUGAAGAGGCAAGCUCUCCCGUUGCCACAGCGAAGUGAACGUGUGUCGCAUACUCCUCCACUUUGUGCUUGCGAGAAUUUCAGGGGAUACGAUCCCUCACCGCCCAUGUGGAGAAGUGCCCGUGCUCUCAGCCAUAUCAGUGUCACUUGUGCUCUAGCCAUUGCUCAGGCUGGAGCAUGGCGCAGACCCAUCUCGGGGAAUUGGGAACGAAGUGCCGUUUUUGUGAGCACACAAUCGGCACAAGGAUCUGGGAGACGAUGCGACACAUAAAGCGGCACAUGGCUUUCAAGCAGUUGAUGUGCAGCGUCUUCCAAUUAUCCUUCACUAACAGGUACGAUCUUGUUGCGCACGUUUGCCGGUGCCACCUGGUGCAAAAUUCAUACAAGUGCGGCUGGUGUACAAAGUCGUACUUAAUGAGAAAAGUCUGCAAGUUCAUGUUCGCCGACUCACUGGUGAGCUGCUUGGCUAGCUUUGAGGAGAAGUCAACAUUCCAGCGGCAUGUGUGGUAUCGUGAUUGUCGAGAAACAGCAGUGUUGUACGAGUGUGCUUUGUGCUCACAAGUUUGUGAAUGAGUGGAGCCAAUCUAACUGGGUCUUUGCUAACUUCACAUUCAAGCUUUUCAUUUCACAUGCAUUUGUACGCCGCUGGUAUGGUACAGCAACUGCACAUUGUUGGCACUGUGCAGUGAGAUGUGCAUGCAUUGUAACUGCAGUAAUUUUCUAAUGAUAACUUGUGGGGGAGUCGCGGAACUGAGGACCCAGGCAGCUGGCCUCAUCCGGCACUGUACUGUUGUUGUUCCUCUUCCAUGCCACACAAUGUCACUGGGGCUGUCCGCUCUUGCGCGCACGUGACAUCAUCUCCCCACACUCUGUAGUUGCUUAAGACCUGCUUUAUCUCUAAAAUCUUGACACGGUGCAGGUUUUGCACGAAUGAGGCAUAUGGCUUUCUGCUGACACUGUGUGCUGUGCCACGACUCCUCUGGUUGUAAAAUCACUGACAACUUCAUUUGGAAACAUGUUAUUAAUAUUGCGUACCAAUAUUGUUACAGAGAUUCAUUUAUUUUGAUACAUGCGUUGGUGCAAGUGCCCUUGUGCGACGUUCCUGUUUGGCUUGAUUGUUUAGUUUACUUUUUCAAGGCCAACUACUGUUCUGUUACACAUUCCUCUAUUUCAAUUAAGAUCAGUUUGCUUUGUAUCGUCAUACAUGUUGUCUUCCUACUGCUACCAAAUUCUAAGUCCUGUCCUCCACAGUGUCCUUGUGCCAUUUCCUGCGAUAAUAAUUAUCAAAUGCGUGCUGCAGAGCCAACAUCAUUCAUCAGGAGUGACAUUAUUUGCAUAGCACAAACCCUAACUACAGAACCCUAAGUCUCUGUAGUAUCGUUUCAUUCUUCACAGCCCAUUCUGCACAAGCUGAUAAGAGUAGUGCUAUUUAGAAGUCUCACUUUGUGUGUUUCUCACUGCACUUGUUUAGGAUCUGCGACACUUUUUAUGAAGAAACUACUUCACAUUUACAAAUUCAUUUUGUAGUCUUCAGGUUAUGUCAAGUCACAUAUUUGUGUACUUCUGUGCUUCUAGUAGCCAAUGCACUAUGUUUCGGUUGCAAGCACAGGCUGUGCACUGUGGCCACUAGUCACAGGAAUGUGUCGCUUCACUUGUUUGAUGGUAAAUAGAAUCAGCCCUGUGAUGCCUUCUAUGUUGUAAUUGUGAUAUUUUGCUACAUGAGAUAUGUAACUUAAUGCUACAUUGAAUUACACGAUGCACACCUACACUUUUUUUUCAUAUGAUACACAAUUUUAUUGAUCGGAAGUGCAAGUAGUGAGAAAGACUUUUGUAGUGUCUCCUGAUAUGUACAAAAUGGAGUGUAUACGACCGGUUCACGUUUGUCUCUUGAAAAGCUGUUCUGAAACUGGAAAAAUAAAAGAUAUGACAACAGCGGCUAUAAAGGUGCUGUUGCGUUACAUGAAAUGUCCCAGGUUGGAUGAGAAAUUGUGACUAGAUGACAUAGUGCACUGUGCGAUGUUUUGUCUCUAUUCAUGACAGUGACAGUGUAUGCGACAUUGAGAUAGUGUGUGCCCACAGUGAUAGUCUUAUGUCAUUUGUUCUUCUCUUCGUUCUUUUUUUGUCUUAUCUUCCAUGCCACAUUUCCCCUUCCUUAGUACAGGGUAGUCAGCAGGAGAUUGUGUGGUUAACCUCCCUGGCCUUUCUUUUUUUUGUCUUUCUUUGCACAUCACUUUCUGACGUGAUACUACUUCGUGACCAAAACAAGGUGCCAAUACGGCGUUGUGGAGUCGGCAGUUGUCACUUUAAGGGUGCAAUCUGGAAUAGGCACCAUUCCCUUAAACAUGCAAAAUUUGGUAGUGUAUUUAUUGCUGUGCAGGAUGAAACAAAUUUGUGCCAUCUUUUUUCUCUUCAUCUUGUUUUCUUCUUAUAUCCUUUUUUCUUUUUCCCUGGAGCACUCCUGCUGUUGCACGACUAGGCACAUGGUCAGAAAUUGUCUUACUGAAUCGCAGACUUGUUUCUUUAUGCAGAGUGUGAAGGUAAUGCUCCCAAGAUAGCGGCAAGCCACUUAGUGCUGAGGAAGCUGGUGAUCACGACUAGAAUGUGCAGCAUGACUAUAUACGAAGAAAGAAGACGAUACUAUCUUCGUUUAGUCUCGCUGUGCGUUUUAGUCGUGAAUCUGAACCAACUAGCCCACCAACAUGCUUUAGUGGUGAUUUAACCACAGAGAAACG